AGAGGACAGCGCGCGGAUGCCGGCCGGCCUGCUGGGCCCCGAGGCUGCUCGAAGCGGGGACGCCGCCGCCAACAAGCUCUUCCACUACAUCCCGGGCACGGUGAGCGCGGCGCGCGCGGUGGCUGUGGUCUGGGAUCGUGGCUCUGCCCGCGCGUGUGUGCCGCGUGUCCGUGCAGCUCAGGGUCUUCCCCUCGCCCCGGGGGCAUUCAGACCCCGGUAGGUGAGGAGCCUACGCUGACUGCCCCGCCCUGGGGAGUUCAUCCGGCCGAAAGUCUGAGCGGAGAGCGAAACCGCGACGCAGGACUGAGUCAGUCGGGAGCAAGCUGGUCGGGGCGGGCCGCGGGCGGGGCCUCCCGGGACCUCCUCCCGCAGGGCACCAGCGCACGCGUGUCUCGCUGCACUGGGGCUCGGGGUCGUGCUGGUAGUGUAACUUGAGAGUAAAGGGCCUCAGAUGAGCAGUGAACCAGCCGGUAACCUACACCGGCCUUUCUCCCUGGGUGUCCCGCAGGAAGUUGCUGCUGGGUAUGGCCGCCUGGUCCACAGCAACCCCUCUGUGCACGCCCCAGCCUCCUCCCAGCCUGCCAAGGCCAUGCAGCAAGGAGGUGUCUCCCAAGCACACACUAGGCCACCUCUCCGUGGAAGGAGCAGAAGACCACCCCCCCCCCAGCCCCUGUGGGACUAACGAUCUUCACAGGGUGGAUGCCUAGCCCCUUUCAGACGUGUCUGGUGCUGGGUUGAGGGAACAGGAGGAGGAACCUGGGCUUCAGGGCAGACAGAAGCCCCCACUGCACCCCUGUCAGGCAGCCUGGAUGGGUGGGCUCUGCUAUGUGCAGGCCCUAGGAGCGUCUGGGGGAGAGGACCCCUGCCCUGCACUCCUGGGUCCGGCCGCUGGCAUGGCCGUGCAGACCCCUUUGCCAACACGCCCCUGCCAGGCAGGAAGCUCGUGCCAUACCCUCUCCUGACCUCCAGAGUUUCAGGGCUCCCUGCAGACAGGUGCUGGUUUCGGAAACCACGCUGCCUCAGAGGACUGGGCAGGGAGAGGGAGCCAGGCUGGGUUAGGGGUGGGGUCCCUUUGGCUGCAUCUCAGACGCCACUCCCUCUGUCCAGGCCCAGGACAUGCAGUGUGACCCUGGGGGGUCCUAUGAGGUGUGGUGGGUGGCCCUAGUGGUCCUCCCUUGCCAGGACAUGGUAGCCAGAGAGGCAACAACCUGCCGACCCUCAGGAAAUGCAGCUGGAUGGGGGAGGAGCUCUGGGCCGGUCCUGGAGCCAGUGCUCCGAGGGCCUGUGCCUGGGCUCUGCACCCAAUGCUGUGAGCUGGCUCUGCCAUGGCUCCAAGCUGAGUCCUCCCCGCGGCCCCGAGGCUGAGCUGGGCUGCAGGGCCAGCUAUGUGGCCCUUCCUGGUCUGUGGCCUAUUUUUCAUGGGUGCCAACCUGGCAUCAGUUCCCACGCUGGGUGUGGGUACAGGAGGCCCCACCCGGAGGCAGAAGGCCGGGGAAGCCAUGCGUCUGUCUGUUCACAUUCCUGGACCUGCUCAGGGGCAGCUAAGCUUGGCGAGGGCACAGCAGCUCUGCAGGUAGCUCUCGCCAGCUCCUAGAGGGAGCAGCACACCUUCCCACUUGCCCCUGAGCCUGUGGAUCACAGAGGUCUCCAGCCCCAUGUUCACACCCGUCCCCUUUCUGACUUCUAACCUGGUGAUCAAAGCCUGCAUUUGUAGUGGACUGUGUGUGCCAGGAUUGGCUAUAUGUGGCGUGGAUGCGGAGUCUCCUCCCCUCUCAGCACAUGCAGUGAUACCCACAGGAUUGGCUAUACGUGGCGUGGAUGGGGAGUGCCUUCCCCUCCCAGCACACGCAGUGACACUCACAGGAUUGGCUAUACGUGGCGUGGAUGUGCAGUGCCUUCCCCUCCCAGCACAUGCAGUGAUACCCACAGCACAUCCCAGGCCCUGUCUUAGGCUCUGGGGACACAGCAGUGAACGGAAUAGACAACCCCUGUUCUGCCGGUGCUCCCAUUCCCACGGCAGAGACACACGAUGGGACAAAUCAAUAGAAGAUCCAGUGAGCGGGGUGGGGUCGGAGCUAAGGAGAAAAACAGAGGGGAUGGGUGCAGAGGAUCAGGGCAGGCUGGAAUUUUAGAAGGGCUUUCAGAAAAGGACUUCUUGGAGCAGGUAAUGUCUGAGCAAAGCUGCAAAGCGGGUAAGGAGGGGGGUCAGGGCUGAGCGGUCCCCAAAGCAGGAACAGAACAUGCAGCGGCCGGAGAGCAUGGGUCUGAUGUGAGGAGACAGUGAGGCCGGGGCAGCCACGGAGACCCCCCGGGGGAGACCCCUCGGGGCACUGCCAGGACCUGGCUGUCCCGAGUGAGGCAUGCGGAGCGGCGAACACACACUCAGAGGAUCGGCCCCAGAAAUCUCCUCACAUAUUUCAGGCUGGGGGCUGGAAAUGGGCGACAGUGAGGACAUUGACACCGAGGAAAUUGGCAAACAUUACAAAUCAGGGCAUCGGUGUGUUUCUGUGUCUGUUUUUUGUAGAACCAGGUGUUAAACGUUUACCAUCCAAUACUGGAGACGUGGGAGGGUUUUGAGUGUUACCCAGACACCCCCAAAUUCUUCUAACAAGUCUUCAGAGGUUGAAUAACCGAAGCCAUGUUACACAGUUUAGGAAAGAAUGAAGAUCGGUUUAAUCCACUGAGUCCAGAUCUCACCAUCUCUACCACUAGACCAGGCAGCUCUGUGUGGGGAAGUGUGUCUGUGUGUGCGUGUGUGUAUGCACGCACGUGAGUGUAUGUGUGCACAAGUGUGUAUGUGUAUGUGUGCAUGUGUAUGCACGUGUAUAUGUGCAUGUGUGCACACACAUCUGUGUGUGUACACAGGUGUAUGUGUAUACGUGUGUGUUGGUGUAUUUGUGUGUGUGUGGAAAUGUAUGCAUGUAGGCAGUGUUUGCAUGUAUGUGUGUGCAAGUGUGUAUGUGUGCAUGCAUGUGUGUAUGUGUGUACAUGUGUAUAGGUGCACAUGUGUAUGUGUGCACGUGUGUAUGCAUGCAUCUGUGUGUGCAUGUGUACAUAUGUAUGUGCACUUGCAUGCAUGUGCGUGUAUAUGUGUGUAUAUGUGCACAUGUGUAUGUGUAUACAUGUGUAUUUUGGUGUAUUUCUGUGUGUGGAUAUGUAUGCAUGUAUGCACGUGUGUGCAUAUCUGUGUAUGUGUGCAAGUGCAUAUGUGUGCACGUGUGUAUCCAUGCAUAUGUGUGCAUGUGUGUAUAAGUACGCAUGUGUGUUCACGUGUGUAUGUAUCUGUGUCUGUAUUGUGUGGCAUGUAUGUAUGUGUCUAUUGUGUGUGUGUAUGCAUAGGUGCGUGUAUGCGUGUGUACAUGUGUAUGUGUGUGCAUAUAUGGAUGCAUGCAUGUUGCCUGUAUGUGCACGUAUUGGGUGUGUGUGCAUGUACAUGUACACAAAUGUGCAUGUAUGCAUAUAUGUAUGCACGUGUGUGUGUAAAUUCUGCCGUGACUGUUUUCCUGUGGAAAGGCUGAGUGUUCAGGUUCUGUGCCUGUGGGGGUCUGUUCUUCACAUAUGUGUUGUGUGGCUGUGCACAGGCAGACCAUGCUAUAGUCCUGUAGCUGUGUGGAUGCGAGCGGAGGGUUGGGGGGCCCAGGCGAGGCCCGCUCCCGUGAGCUCUGCUCCUCCUAGGACAUCCUGGACCUGGAGAACCAGCGAGAAAACCUGGAGCAGCCAUUCCUGAGUGUGUUCAAGAAGGGGCGGCGAAGGGUGCCUGUGAGGAACCUGGGAAAAGUUGUGCAUUAUGCCAAGGUCCAGCUGCGGUUCCAGCACAGCCAGGAUGUCAGCGACUGCUACCUGGAGCUGUUCCCCGCCCACCUGUACUUCCAGGCCCACGGCUCGGAAGGACUCACAUUUCAGGCCCGCUGCCCGCACCCCUCCUGGUGCUCUGCCCCAGCCGGGCCGAGCUGGACCGCUGGCUUUACCACCUGGAGAAGCAGACGGCCCUCCUCGGGGAACCGCAGCGCUGCCACUCGGCACCCCCACAGGGGUCCUGCGGAGACGAGCUCCCCUGGACUCUGCAGCGCCGUCUAACCCGGCUGCGGACCGCGUCAGGACACGAACCCGGCGGCAGUGCUGUCUGUGCCUCCAGGGUCAAGCUGCAGCACCUGCCGGCACAGGUGGGUGUGAGGAGCAGUGGGACCGGCUUUUGGUCCUGUACCCAACGUCCUUGGCCAUUUUCUCCGAGGAGCUGGACGGGCUUUGCUUCAAGGGGGAGCUCCCACUCCGUGCGGUCCACAUCAACCUGGAGGAGAAGGAGAAGCAGAUCCGUUCCUUCCUGAUUGAAGGCCCCCUCAUCAACACCAUCCGCGUGGUGUGCGCCAGCUACGAGGACUACGGCCACUGGCUGCUGUGCCUUCGCGCCGUCACCCACAGGGAGCGGGCCCCGCCGCUGCCUGGUGCCGAGAGCUUCCCAGGGUUGCAGGUUAUGGGCAGUGGCCGAGGCUCACUCUCCUCAGGCGGACGGAUCAGCUGGGACUUGGGGUGCCUGGCGCCCCCCUCCACCCGCACCAGCCACUCCCUGCCUGAGUCCUCAGUGCCAUCCACCGUGGGCUGCUCCUCCCACCACACACCGGACCAGGCCAGCUCUGACCGCACCAGCAUUGGCCGACGGAGGACCGAGCUGAGACGCAGCGGCAGCAGCCGCUCACCCAGGAGCAAGGCCCGGGCAGAGGGCCACGGCCCUGUCACCCCACUGCACCUGGACCUGACCCAGCUGAACAGGCUGAGCCUAGAGAGCAGCCCAGACACCCCUGACCGCACUUCAGAAACAUCACACUCGCCCCUCUAUGCCGACCCCUACACACCACCCGCCACCUCCCACCGCAGGGUCACAGAUGUCCGGGGCCUGGAGGAGUUCCUCAGUGCCAUGCAGAGUGCACCUGGACCUGUGCCCUUAAGCCCACUCCCCUCGGUGCCUGUGUCUGUGCCUGCCUCUGACCCUGGCUCCAGCUCCUCUGGCCCCGCUGGCCCCCACUUGCUCUCCAAGAAGGGAGCCCUGCAGUCCAGAGCCUCUCAGAGACACCGGGGCUCAGCCAAGGAUGGGGGGCCACAGCCCCCAGACUCCCUUCAGCUUGUCUCCUCUGCCAGGGAAGGUUCGCCUGAACCCCGGCUGCCUCUGACAGAUGAUCGGUCCCCCAGGAGGAGCCGGGACCCUGGCUACAACCACCUCUUGGACGAGACUUUGUCUUCUUCCCACCAGAAGUGCCCCCAGCUUGGAGGGCCUGAGGCCAGUGGGGGGCUUGUGCAGUGGAUCUGAUGGCUGCGGUGAGGCGGGUUCUCAGGACCACCCUCGCCAAGCUCCAGGGUACCUGCCCCUCUAACCCACUUCAAUUACAAGUCAGGGUCUGAACCCAGUGUGAUGGGGGGAGUCUCCGGGGCCCUGAGUUCAGAGCCCAUCCCUCGGCUCCUGCUCCUUGGUGCCAGCAGCUGGGGCAGGGAAGGGCGGGAGGGGCCCCAUCCAAAGGAUGCCCUGGCCAGCGAGGCUGGGUCACAGGUCAGGGAGGUCCUGGCCGUCCACAGAGUUGGCCUCAGCUCAGCCCGCCAGGAGUCUGGGAGGAGACUCACUGGGAGUGGGAGGGAGGCACGGGCGUGAAGGUCGGAGGACAGAGAAAGGUCAGCAGGGUCAGAGUAUGUGAGGUCAGAGGGCAUGAGGGUCACAGGUCAGCAAGGUGUGAGGAGCACAAGCCAGGGUG